AUGGACGGGUGAAGGCAGAAAACUGCUGUCUCCGGGAUGGAGAGGGUUCCUCUCCACGGUACUCGAGGCUGAGCGCCUGUGCUUGCAGCCGACUGGGAAGGAAUCGCAUUGCAAAAGGGCUUCUGAUCUCUCCUCCCAGCUUAAGAUGUAAGGGAAUCUGGGGUCCUAAAAGUGGGGAGCGUAGAGGCUCCGUGGGUGGGGGACAGAGAACGAAAGCGGCUUUGGAGAAACAUCAACCGAUUCCGAGGAUUUGGCACGAGUUGCAAACGGGCUGCUGCAGAAUGGAGAGUAAACAGUGCUUUGUUUUCAGAGAGUGCUGGUGAGCACAUUACCGUGAUGGCUCGCAAGCAGAUUGGAAAGUGGGAAAAGUACGGUAAAAGGUAUUGCAGAGACUGGGAAAGAGAAGCUAGCUUAAAAGACUGGGUUCGGAGGGUACCAGGAGAUGAGUCAAAAGCAGCAUGCAGAUACUGCAUGUGUGAAAUCAGAGCUCACCACAGCGAUCUUGUGUCGCACAGUAAAACUAAUAAGCAUCAGAAGCAUGUUGCGUUGCUCUCACAGCCUUCAGUGAAUGUGGAUAAACACCCCUAUGAGUUUGAAAAGCGGCAUUCAUUGCAGCUUGGAAAAGAAAAGUCAUUUGGAGCCAAACCAGACACAUUCGAGGAAUUCAAGCAUAUGGAAAUGAAUGAUUCCAUAAAUGUGUGUGCUCUGAAAUUAGCCACACACAUAGCUUGCCAUAUGAGCAUUUUUACUGUUGAUCACCUGGGGUGUAUUAUUGGUGGAAUGGCCGAGAAAGACAUAAGCCUUCAUAGGACAAAGUGCUCUACAAUUAUAAGAGAUAUCAUAGGUCCUACAGUGCACAAAGAGCUGCUUCGGGAUAUUGGCAGCGGGCACUACUCCUUGAUCAUUGAUGAAAGUUCUGACGCAUCUUCACAGAAGCAACUUUGCUUGAUGGUGCGAUACUUCAGCAACAAGCUUAAAUGCAUUGUAUCCUCCUUUGUAGGGUUAAUUACUUUCAGUGACACUGAUCUAAUCACAGAGGCCCUCUUAUCAUUCCUAAACGAAAAUAAGCUCAACAUAAAGAAGUGUGUUGGGAUUGGUGCCGAUGGGCUCAGCGCAGGUAUAUGCGGUCACAAAAAUUCGCUGCUCAAAAAGUUUUACGAACUCAAUCCUUGCGGAGUUUUUAUUAAGUGCACGUGCCACUCCAUUUAUCUGUGCUUAUCGAGAGCUAUCGAUGUGCUUCCCCUGAACCUAGAAUAUAUGGUUGCGCAGACCUUCUUGUGGUUUUCUCAGAGCACGUUUCGCCAGAAACGGUACGCAGAACUGUAUGCUGCAAUCAACGUUGGAGAGAUUGCCCUGAAAGUGUUGCAAGUUACAAACACGCGGUGGCUGUCUAUUAGUCCUUGCCUUAAUAGAAUACUUAGCCUGUAUGAUACUCUGAAGUUGCAUUUUCAGUCUGUCAAAGACACUGAAAACGACUACAGUGCUCAGCUGCUCUAUCAAAUGUACUCUGAGCCUCUUAACAGACUUUACCUGGUUUUUCUGCAGCCUCUCGUCCAGGAAGCAAACAGGCUCAGUAAGUUAUUUCUUUUGGAAACUGCUAAUCCAGUAAAACUGAUUACAGAGUUAGUGAUGUUCUACAAGACUCUGCUACAGAGAGUCGUGAAGCCUUCUGCCUUUCCAACAUGGUCAUCCAUAAUGAACUAUGACAUUAGAAGCAAGCAAAACUACCUGUCCCUCUCCGAAGUUAAUCUUGGGCAAGUGUUCCUCUCGGAAUUAGCAGAAGCCAAAAUCUCUUGCCAAAUUAGAGAGGCCAUUCAAACGAUGUGUCGGGAUUGUGUUUUUGAGCUUGCAAACCAAAUAAAGCUUCGCCUGCCCCCAAACGUGGAUCAUCUUGAAUCGCUCACCGCUCUAAAUCCUUCAGUUGUUCUGAGUCCCCUAAGACCUGCAUUUUCAGCUUUGUCGUUUUUGCCUUUAUACAGAGGGGAUCGCUUGCAACUGGAGCAACAGUGGAGGAAUCUGGAUACAGUUUCUUGGACAAACACAGAAGAUAGCCAGAUAGAGCAGUUCUGGGUAGAAGUUGUAAAACAUACAGAUGACGUGGGAGAUAAAGAUUUUGUCGAGCUAGGAUUAUUUGCCCUUGCACUUCUCACCCUGCCCUUCAGCAGUGCCGCCGUGGAGUGUACAGUUUCACAAAUGAAUCUGAUAAAGCACAAGCUGAAGAACAGGCCACAGGACAGCCUGCUAGAAAAUAUUCUAAGGAUCAGAGCUUACAUGCACAGAAAUAAGAUUUGCUGCAACCAGUUUCAGCCAUCCAAAGAGAUGAUUUCUUUGUUCAGUAGUGAAUUUUAUGCUGUUGCUAAUAGCAAGGGUGCUAUAGAAGGCUAUGAUGAUAUAUUCUGAAGAAGAAAAAGUCGAGAUUUUUAACAUUGCAUUCUUAUAAGAGCAUUGAGUGACUUGUAGUUAUACACUUUGCCUUUCUGACAUUCUCUUACUGUUGAAUUCACUGUUUUUAGUGUCAUUUCCACUGGUUUUUCAAUUCUGUGUUUUAUCUGAAACAUGCUGCCUUUUACUGCAGAAGUAGCAGAUACCAUUGAUUAAAUAUGUAGUUUUGAAUAUGCCUUGUAUUUUGCCUCUGCUGCAGGCUUCCAGGUGCUCGCAGCUAGGGAGACUGCGAGAGAUCUCAAGUUCUUAAAAUCUGUUACUCUCUUCUGUCAUUAAAAAUGGUUCUGCAUUCUUAAAAAUAGCUUAAAAUCAGACUAUACUACCUGGCGACAAUAUUUAUUGUGCAGUCUUGCAUGUAAAAAUGCUGAAGCAGAGACUGGAAUUUAUAGAGAUGCCGAGAUUCAUGUACUGUAGAACAGUGUUUCCCAACCUUGUGCCUCCAGAUGUUUUUGGCCUACCCUAACUCCCAUGAUCCCUAGCUAGCAGGACCAGUGGUCAGGAAUGAUGGGAAUUGUAGUCCGAAAACAGCUGGAUGCACAAGGUUGGGAAACACUGCUGUAGAAGGCUUGAGUCAGCUCAAUGAAAUCUACUCUUCCUUUCCCUUUAAUCAGCUGACUAUCACACCAUAUCACAUACCGCUUUUGAAACACCUUUCAGUUUCAAAAGCAGUUUGGUUUUGUUGGGUGUCUGAGAACACAGUCCUAGGCUUACAUUUCUUUACAUCCUAGCCGACAUGUUUGCAUCAUCGAGAACUAAAAUAGGACAACCAAUUCACUGAUGAGAAACAAACCUUGAAAUUAGCAUAUUAAACUUAGUUUGCUUAAUUUUGCUUAAUUUACUCCUCUGAAGUCAGUAGGAUAUUUUAAUAAAAAUAUUGAUAAGUGACUCCAAAGUUGUAUCGAGGGAGGAUUUAAUGGUAGCUUAGUAGAGUUUUAAAUUUGCUUUCAGAAUAAUACUGUUCUUUCAGAAUACAGUAACCUACAGUAGACAUUGGAAACGGGCGGGAUUGGAAGUGGGCACCAACUUCAGUUUAGUGCAAACAUCAAAUCUUCAGGUGUCACUUUUCUAGAUAUCAGUGCAUGGAGUUUUUCUUACAUUCAAAAGUUUUAAAACAAUUAACAAUUAUUAAACCAAGGCCUUAAAAGUCAACAUGGACUUUUAGGUAUAACAUGUUUUGGUACUUGUAUCAGAUUUAAUCAUCAAUAAUAAUCUUCUGGUAACAAAUAAAUUAAAACCCAUACCAAAAUGAGCUGGCUUUUGCAUGAAUAUUUGACAAGUAGCAGGAACUAAGCUGUGAAUGAAUAAAUUAUUAGAGGGCUAGAGAAGAAAAUGGAGUGAACUUGCAGCUUGACCUUUUUAAAAAAAUAUGUAAACAUACAAUGACAAGCUUCUUAUGUUGAACAUAAUUGUUAGACUGCUAGCUUUAAAUGCAAACUAAAGCUCACUUACCUAGGCCUAAGUUUUCUGGAGAGCUUUUGAAUGAACUUUUCUAAGAUCUGGUUAGAAAUGGCAAAUAAAAUGUAUCUGUAUGACAGGAUAAAUUAUUAGGUUUAGAAUACAAAUUUGCAAGAGGCUUUUGAAAAACGAUAUAUAGUUUUUGGUUAUAUUUGCAUUAGUAUUAGCAUGUAUUUCAUUCAUUCCUUGAGAGUGCGGUGUGUUAAUACAGAAGAUGACAGACAUAAACGUUCUUUGCUGACAUUUAGAAAAAAAAUCUUCAUGAAAACUGUAGCUCUACACUAAAAGGAUAAUGAUGAAUACAUAAGAGUGGGAAAAUACAUCUGUGUACAUUAACAUUACAGUUUUAGGAACUGACUUUUUUAUUGACUCUUCUAAAAAUUUUUAGCAAUAUACAGUUGUGAAAUCAGUCUAAAAAUAAAAAGCGACAUUCAAUGCUUUUAAAUUUCAGAGCAGGCCCAUUUAAAUCAAUAAGACUUUAUUUCAGCAGGUACAUUAUGGGUAUGAGUUAGUUGACUUACCGGUACCACCCAAAAGGAUCUAAAAUGUAUUCUAGUUAUUUGAACAAAUGUUUGUUGUUUAUAUAAAUAAUUAUUUUUAUAAUAAAUGUUUACAUUGUUUUGAAUGUAGUCUCUUCUGAUGUUUGCCAGUGAAGGGGGGCACAGCUAAAUAAACUAAU